AUGAUUGCCCGAAAAGCACUUUCGUGUCCAUCUGUAUUUCGACGUGAAGGAGUGCUCCCCUUCGAUGAAGAUGUCAAAAACUUCCUAGACUUGGCAUGUGAAUACGACGAAAACUACACAAUGACCAAAUAUGUAGUGCAACGGAUACUUGGGAGUAAUCAA